AUGAUACGUCCAACAACUUUUGCAAUAAGCAAUGGAGUGCCGCUGGUAAGAAGGAAAUAACAUCUUCACAAGAAAUACAGGUCAAGGAGGCUGAUGAAGGAGGCAUCAAAACUUAGAAAAUAAGAGAAAGCUCCCGAAGUGUAUACAUCAGAGCACUGUAAGUCUGAAAGGAGCUGAUGCCUGGAAUGAGAGAAGAGAGAGAAGGACCGUUUUUGCCAAGGGGACCAGCAAGAAGCUGGAGACUGAAUAAGGGAGACCCUCUGCUGAUCCCUACAGUUUUCUUACUGAGUCUCUGCUUUGGAAAUGGUGAAGGAGUUAAUCGUAAUAUUGAAUGAAAUGCUCUGCUCAGCAAAGCUACAGGAGCACCAGCUAAGGACCUGGCUUAUUGUGAACUUCCCUUGAUUCUAAAAAUCACCAGACACAUAGAACACUUUUGCAGACAAAUGAAGUGGAGAAGCAAACUCGGAGGUCUUUUCGGUCCAGGCACCUUGGAGGAGGAAUAUCCAGCACGAAAUUCCUAUAGAUCAGAGGGUAUUUACUGAGGCUGGACUGUUUUGUGGAAGACAGGAUUUUUUUCAAUAUUUAGUGAUUCUAAGGACACAAAGAACUUGAAAGAAUUAUAGAAGAUGCAAACGCCUGACAAAAGAUUUUUUCCUAUCCUACUCGCACAGGAAAAUACUGCCUGCUCAUCAUGUCUUCCAUCCUUGGGAAGAUGAAGAAAUUUGGCAGUUCUGACAUGGAGGAAUCUGAAGUGACAGAUGAACACACGGAUGGGGAGGACUCCAUGCUGGAAACACCUGACAGCCUCCAGGGUACACUCAGCGCCAAGGUGCAGCCACCCAAAAGCAACAUCUUUGCAAGACGUGGGCGGUUUGUGAUGGGGGAUAGUGACAAGGACAUGGCUCCCAUGGACUCCUUUUACCAGAUGGAUCACCUGAUGGCACCUUCUGUCAUCAAAUUUCAUGCCAAUUUGGAGAGGGGGAAACUUCACAAGCUCCUAUCUACAGAGUCCAUCACAGGCUGCUCAGAAAAGGCUUUCAAAUUUUAUGACCGCAGAAGGAUCUUUGAUGCUGUAGCCCAGGGCAACACAAGGGACCUGGAUGAUCUGCUACUCUACCUUAAUAGAACCUUGAAGCAUCUCACAGAUGAUGAGUUCAAAGAGCCAGAAACUGGGAAAACCUGCUUACUGAAAGCCAUGCUGAAUCUACAUGAUGGGAAAAAUGAUACCAUUCCCUUGCUGCUGGAUAUUGCAAGGAAAACUGGAACUCUGAAAGAGUUUGUUAAUGCAGAGUAUACUGACAACUACUACAAGGGCCAGACUGCGCUUCACAUCGCCAUUGAGAGAAGGAACAUGUACCUGGUGAAGCUCUUGGUCCAGAACGGAGCAGAUGUUCACGCAAGAGCCUGUGGGGAGUUCUUCAGGAAAAUCAAAGGGAAACCUGGCUUUUAUUUUGGGGAGCUGCCUUUGUCCCUGGCUGCCUGCACCAACCAGCUCUGCAUUGUGAAAUUCCUCCUUGAGAACCCCUACCAGGCAGCCAACAUCGCCGCUGAGGACUCCAUGGGCAAUAUGGUCCUGCACACAUUGGUGGAGAUUGCAGAUAAUACUAAGGAUAAUACCAAGUUUGUGACCAAGAUGUACAAUAACAUAUUGAUCCUUGGUGCCAAAAUUAAUCCAAUCCUGAAGCUAGAAGAACUCACCAACAAGAAAGGGCUGACUCCAUUAACUCUUGCAGCCAAAACAGGGAAGAUAGGGAUUUUCGCUUACAUCCUCAGACGAGAGAUCAAAGAUCCUGAGUGCAGACACUUGUCUAGGAAGUUCACUGAAUGGGCUUAUGGACCUGUCCACUCAUCUCUUUAUGACCUGUCCUGUAUAGACACAUGCGAGAAAAAUUCAGUGCUCGAGAUUAUUGCCUACAGUAGUGAAACACCAAACCGUCAUGAGAUGCUGCUGGUGGAACCCCUUAACAGGCUGCUGCAAGACAAGUGGGACCGGUUUGUCAAACACUUAUUUUACUUCAACUUCUUUGUCUAUACCAUGCAUAUCAUUAUUCUCACCACAGCUGCUUACUACAGACCUGUACAGAAGAAGGAAAAGCCUCCCUUCACGUUUGGUCACAGCACUGGGGAAUAUUUUCGAGUGACCGGAGAGAUCCUGAGUGUACUGGGAGGCCUCUACUUUUUUUUCAGAGGGAUACAGUAUUUCAUGCAGAGGCGCCCAUCAUUCAAGACGCUGAUAGUUGACAGCUACAGUGAGGUUCUUUUCUUUGUUCACUCCUUGCUCCUCCUGAGCUCUGUGGUGCUGUACUUCUGUGGCCAGGAACUGUACGUGGCUUCCAUGGUCUUCUCCUUGGCGCUGGGCUGGGCUAACAUGCUGUACUACACCCGUGGCUUCCAGCAGAUGGGCAUUUACUCUGUCAUGAUUGCCAAGAUGAUCCUUAGAGAUUUAUGUCGCUUCAUGUUUGUCUAUCUAGUAUUCCUCUUGGGAUUUUCUACAGCUGUGGUGACUUUAAUUGAAGAUGACAAUGAGGGGCAAGACACAAAUAGCUCUGAAUAUGCCCGAUGCUGCCAUACGAAACGAGGCCGCACAUCCUACAAUAGUCUGUAUUAUACCUGCUUGGAGCUUUUCAAGUUCACUAUUGGGAUGGGGGACCUGGAGUUCACAGAGAACUACAGGUUCAAGUCUGUGUUUGUCAUCCUUUUGGUUCUCUAUGUCAUCCUUACAUACAUCCUCCUGCUCAACAUGCUUAUUGCACUGAUGGGGGAAACUGUGAGCAAAAUUGCACAGGAGAGUAAGAGCAUCUGGAAACUCCAGAGAGCCAUCACAAUCUUGGAUAUUGAAAACAGCUACUUGAACUGUGUGAGGCGCUCGUUCCGGUCUGGGAAGCAAGUCUUGGUGGGGGUCACACCUGACGGCCAAGAUGAUUACAGAUGGUGCUUUAGGGUUGAUGAAGUGAACUGGUCCACAUGGAAUACUAAUCUGGGCAUAAUCAACGAAGACCCUGGGUACUCUGGGGACCUCAAACGAAAUCCCAGUUACUCUAUUAAGCCUGGCAGAGUUUCAGGGAAAAACUGGAAAACAUUGGUUCCGCUUUUAAGAGAUGGAAGCAGGAGAGAAGAGACUCAAAAACUACCAGAAGAAGUCAAAUUGAAACCUAUUUUGGAACCUUAUUAUGAGCCAGAAGAUUCUGAGACGUUGAAGGAGUCUCUUCCAAAAAACAUGAUUAAAGAUAACAACGAAAUUAUUCCACUAAUGGGCAAGAAAACAAAUCCAUCUGGUAUUCCCCCUUCAAACCAGCAAGACAAAAAGCCAACUGAAAGCACUCCCACAAAGAAAAGUUCACACUUUUUUCUGGAGAUUGAUGGUUUUGAAAGCAAUGCAACUCCAAAUAAUACCUCUCCCCCUGUGUUUUCAAAACCAAUGGAUUCAAAUAUUCGUCCAUGCGCAUCUGGAAACGGGGAAGAUAUGGAUUCCCCACAGUCUCUUCAGGAUGAUGCGACUGAAUAUAGCCCUAAUGUAGACAGUUGUUGUGCUAACAUUUCACAAGGCCCCGAGCAGACUAGUGCCCGGAAGAAGCUGAAAAAGUACAUCUUUCGGGCAGUAUCUGAGGGGAAUAUAGAAGAACUGCAAUGUCUGCUCGCAGAGCUGAAGGAACGAUCAAACGCGUGUACAAACCUGACCGUGCCAGAAUAUCUGAUGAAAAAAUUCACAGCUUCAGAUACUGGCAAAACUUGUCUGAUGAAAGCUCUGCUGAACAUCAACCAAAACACGAAUGAGAUAGUGAAUACACUACUAUCCUUUGCAGAAGAAAAUGGUAUUUUGGAGAGAUUUAUCAAUGCAGCAUACACAGAAGAGGCAUAUAAAGGCCAGACAGCUCUCAAUAUUGCCAUUGAAAGAAGACAAUAUGAAAUAACUCAGAGUCUUAUAGAAAAAGGAGCUGAUGUCAAUGCUCACGCCCAGGGUAUUUUCUUUAAUCCCAAACAUAAGCAUGAAGGCUUUUAUUUUGGUGAAACUGCACUGGCGUUAGCUGCGUGUACCAAUCAACCAGACAUAAUUCAACUGUUAAUGGACAACACCAGGACUAAUAUUACUUCUCAGGAUUCCAGAGGAAACAAUAUCCUCCAUGCGUUAGUUACUGUGGCAGAGGACUUUAAAACCCAGAAUGACUUUGUAAUCAGAAUGUACGAUAUGAUUUUGUUGAAAAGUAAAGACAGAAAUUUGGAAACAACAAAGAAUAAGGAGGGUUUGACACCACUACAAUUAGCUGCAAAAACUGGGAAAUUAGAGAUUCUGAAAUACAUCCUGAGCAGAGAGAUAAGAGAUAAACCUAACAGGAGCCUGUCAAGAAAAUUCACAGACUGGGCUUAUGGUCCUGUUCAAUCUUCUCUUUAUGAUCUGACUGAACUAGAUACCACCGCAGACAAUUCAGUAUUGGAAAUUAUUGUCUAUAACACAAAUAUUGGUAAUCGUCAUGAAAUGCUGACUUUGGAGCCUCUCAAUUCACUCCUGCGAAUGAAAUGGAAGAAGUUUGCACGACACAUGUUUUUUAUGUCCUGUUGGUUUUAUUUCCUAUACAAUGUAACAUUAACACUAGUUUCCUACCAUAGGCCUAAUGAAAAUGAAGCUCCACCUUAUCCACUGGCUCUAACACAUGGUGUGGGACAGCUGCAGUUAUUGGGACAGGUGAUGGUUGUGUUAGGAGCAAUAUUUUUAGCCAUAAAAGAGAGUGUAGCCAUCUUUCUGCUUAGGCCUUCAGACCUGCAGUCAAUUCUCUCUGAUGCGUGGUUCCACUUUGCAUUUUUUAUACAAGCUUUGCUUGUGAUCUUCUCUGUCUUUUUGUACUUGUUUUCCUACAAAGAACACCUCGUGUGUCUUGUUUUGGCAAUGGCCCUAGGAUGGGCUAAUAUGCUCUAUUUCACCAGAGGUUUCCAGUCCAUGGGCAUUUACAGUGUUAUGAUUCAAAAGGUCAUCCUGCAAGAUGUGAUAAAAUUUUUAGUUGUCUAUAUCGUGUUUUUGCUGGGAUUUGGUGUAGCUCUUGCUGCAUUGAUUGAAACAUGCCAAGAUGGCGGUGAAUGCCAUUCCAAGAGCAGUCUGGGACCUGUUCUGAUGGAUCUUUUUAAGCUCACCCUAGGACUGGGUGAUCUGGAGAUCCAGCAAAAUUCGAAGUAUCCUGUACUAUUUCUUCUGCUCCUCAUAACUUUUGUUGUGUUGACUUUUGUUCUUCUCUUGAACAUGCUGAUUGCAUUAAUGGGAGAAACAGUGGAAGAUAUUUCUAAAGAGAGCGAGCACAUCUGGAAACUUCAGAGAGCCAGAACUAUUUUGGAAUUUGAAAAAUUCUUACCAAAAUGUUUGAGGAAAAAAUUUCAACUGGGAGAACGGUGUAAAGUGGCAGAAAAUGACACCAGGGUGUGUUUAAGGAUUAAUGAAGUGAAAUGGACGGAGUGGAAAACACAUGUUUCAUUUAUUAAUGAAGACCCAGGGCCAACAGAUCCAAGCAAAGUUCAAGAUAAUUCAAGAACUAAUAGCAAAACCACCCUGAAUACAUUUGAAGAAAUGGAUGAUUUGCCUGAAACUUCUGUUUAGUUGUGUAUUUGUAUUUGAUAUGUGGUCAUUCUAAAGGUUAAAAGUGUCAGCAGUGGAUGCUGAAAGCUUUGUUGAUAUCUUGGACAGCUGUAACCAGCUGGAAGAGAAACUUUCAGAGACAUGGUCUGAUGACUUUAACCCAUUUAAUCAGGGCAGCUGAGCUAAAAUAAAAUGGACUAUUUCACUGGUUCAGUUUUGAGCCUUUUGAAAACCAUUGCUGUCCAAGUUUGUGUGACAGUACUCAAACUUGGCUCUAGACUUUCUACUGGAUAAAAAAGGUCAAAUGUGAGAUAUUUCUUCCUUUUGUGGAAAAUUAAGAUCAUCGUGAUCCCAGUCUGAUGUCUUUUGUGUGGAAUCUCUAACUCAUGAGAAACAUUUUGUAUGCUGAAAAAAGUUAAGUUCUUAUCGUGGAGAAAAGAAAGGCAUUUCAAUUCUGAAGACUACUAAAUGAAGUACAUUAUUUUGAAAUAACAAUGUUCCGGAUACAUUUGCAGCUUUUGUAUUGCCUGUCAGUGGUUCUGGGGGCUUGAUCCCACAAGUUGGAGAAAGCCUCGUCAGGUCUCAUUAGCUUUGCCUGAUCCGUUUUCCUGUGUGUAAUCCCUAGGGUAUGAUGUGG